AUGGGCCAUGAAAAACAGGCUGAUUUCUCUCAAUUCCCCAAGCCAAUGUUCAACUACCGAUGGCUGGACUAUCGAAACAGGAACAAAAAAUUCAGAAAAGCCAUGGCUCCUGUUCACCUGCCCUUGUCCUGUUACAAGUUGCCAAAGGAAGCAUUUCCCCCAAGUCCAGAGUGCUGGAGGGAGCAUCCAAGCAGGCCAAAUGCCACGCCUUGCCUCCACCUCAAAAAACAGCCCGAUCUCAUCACACACUGGAGCACCCUCUAUGACCAACGCAAAGAGCGGGAGUCAAAAAAGAUGUUUUGGAGAAGAAGAAACCUUACAAGGUGGAGGAAGGGGACUAAUGGCUGUCUGUGCCCUUUCUCGCACAGUUCCCAACUAUCAAACCUACAUGUCUCUAUCAGCAAGUUGACUUUAAAGCCUAAGGUGGAACGCAGUUUGUUAGAUGCCACCAAAGACCCCCUGAAGUGGCAAAGACUAAAGGAACUUACCAACAGCUUGAACUCUCCACAAGAGGAUGAGCAGUGCUAUGCAGCCUAUGCUUUAGGGAGCCUGGGCGUCAACAAGAAGUUUGUCAUGGAAUCACUGAAGCAGGCGGCUCGAACUGGUUCAGCAAAAGUGAAGGCCGAGAUCUAUAAAGCCCUAGCCAUCCUAGGUUGCGUGGAUAAGUCUGUGAUCAAGGCUCUCACCAAACAGUUGAUGGAACAAAAGGAAAGUCAAAGGUUGGAGACCCUGGUGGUGCUACGAGUAACGCUGAACGCCUGGGCUGCUGUGCCUAAGAGCAAGAGGCCAAAAUUCGGAAAUGAGGAAAAGCUGGUGCCUUUGCUGCAGACUCUGAUAGACAAGUCACUGAAUGAAGAAGAAUCCUUAGAGGCAGCCCUGUGCUUGGGUUUCCUCAGGCCCAGCAACAGCAUGGUCCAACAGUUCUUGAUACAAUGUCUGUGCCAAGGGUCCAUGCGCCAGAGGAUGAAGGCACUGAGGAUGCUGGUCAAGAUGAUGAACGUUCACUCAGCUGCUAUCACCAGGGCCAUUCUGGAUCAGCUACACUCUAACGUCAUUGACGAUCGCUUGGAAGCCACCCAGAUGCUCAAGACCAUUGGGCUGGAGAAGAUCCAGGCACAGGGACUGGAGGAACUCACAUUUGACCUGCUCAAGAAGAAAAUGCACAAUGAACCCUUCCAAGUGAUGAGGCAGGCGGUGUCUGAAACAGUGGAUGUGCUCAAGAUGAAGCCUUUAAUAAUGAAACUAAUGGAGGAGCAACUGAUGAGCCCAGAUGUCACUGAGCGCCAAGAAGCAAUCAUCUCUUUGGGUGCCCUGGGGUUCCGCAACGAACAGGUGUUCCAUUUGCUGCUGGACAUGCUAGAUGCAGAUGAGACCAAGACCGUGAAGAAGAGCAUACAAGAAACACUACUUACUUGGGCCUCAAGAAAUCCAUGGAUCCGAAACAAGCUGACCAACAAGGUUUUCUUUGUGUACGACGUACCGAAGACUGUGACGGUAGAGCCUACGAGGUUCCAGAAGAAGCCAGAGAGCCUAGACAACUUGUGUAUCACAGACUUUCGACAGGUUAAGCUGAGCACUUUGUCUAUAGCCAAGUCCUGCAACAAGCUAGGGGAAAAGCUAGAGGCACCUGCUUUCUCAUUCUAUUUCUCCAAACCAAAAAAGGAGAUGCCAAAGGCCACAGGGCCUUGGGAACCAAAAAUCAGGCAACAACUCCGGAGCUUGGUGUUGUCUGAAAAUAGGUUUGUUUCUGGGGUCUAAUUCCAACUCUUUCCUUCAGGAUGGUUUCCUGAGGAGACAAUUCAUUUUUCUCCUUUAUGAAUGAAUACUUGUCACUUUACCUAGUUUCCGAAUCCCCAUUGUUGUUCACUCCCCUGAGGCUGCACACUGGAACAGAUUCCUUCCCAUGGUUAGUUGUUCUUUCUAUGCAGUUAUAUUUCCUUUCAUCAAAGCAAAGCAGGAAGGGUAGAGCCAAAGGUUCUCUCUCUGUGACUAGCUUUCCUCCUGUUCUAGCUUCAUUCUGCUGCUGUGACAAAUACCAUUAUUAGAAACAACUUAGGAGAGGGAAGGAUUUAUUUGACUUUUACUUCCAGGUCACAGUACCAUUACUGAGGGAAGUCAAUGCAUGAAUUUGAAGGCAGGAGCCUGGAGGCAUGAACUUUGUAGGAUCACUACUUGGUGGCUUAUGCUCAGCUAGCUUCCUUAUGUAUCCACGGGAUACCACCCACAGUGGACUGGGCCCUACUAUAUCAAUUUGCAAUCCAGACACUCUCCCAUAGACAUGCCCACAGGCCAAUCAGAGCUAGACAAUGCCAUAAUUAAAGUUUCCUCUUCCCAGGAGACUCUAGAUUGUAUCAAGUUGACAAUAAACCAACCAAACAAACAACCAAACAAAUAAUAAGACACAUCCCUAAAUCAAGUCCCUUACUAGUGCCCAGAAUCUAGGAACAAAAUAGAGAUCUGGUCCUGCCAAGACUGGGCAGUUUGCUUCUUAGGUAAUUUCCAUACUUUGUCCCCUACUUCAUUUA